AUGUGGCGACACAGGCGUCUUGCCCUCACAAGCAUGGCCGCGCGCAGGAGCGUCGCUGCGGGAAGGAGUUUAUCUGCACUUUUAAGGAGCUCUUACCAUGGGACAGGGCUCACCAGGCCACCCCUUCACAAAGUGGCCAGAAGUCCCAUUCCACAGCAAACAGCCGCUGUGUUUAUCAGAAACAUGUUCAUUCAGACCCAAGACACUCCGAACCCAAACAGCCUGAAGUUUCUUCCUGGGCGUGUGGUGCUGGAAGCAGGGACUAUGGACUUCGCUGGACCUAGAGAUGCGUAUUGUUCACCCCUGGCACGGCAGUUGUUCAGAAUAGAUGGAGUCAAGAGUGUCUUCUUCGGCUCUGACUUCAUAACCAUUACUAAGGCUGAUGGUCAAACAGAGUGGAAAGUGAUCAAACCGGACGUCUUCGCCACCAUUAUGGACUUCUUCACCUCUGGACUUCCUGUUGUCAACGAGGCAGAUGAUCCACGUGCCGACACGACUCCUUCUGAGGAUGACGAUGAGGUGGUGGCCAUGAUUAAAGAAUUGCUGGACACACGCAUAAGGCCCACAGUGCAGGAGGAUGGUGGUGACGUGUUGUAUUGGGGUUUCGAGGAUGGCAUUGUAAAGCUGAAGCUGCAGGGUUCCUGCACCAGCUGUCCCAGCUCCAUCAUCACGCUGAAGAGCGGCAUCCAGAACAUGCUGCAAUUCUACGUUCCCGAGGUGGAAGGAGUCGAGCAGGUGAAGGAAGAGGAUGUGGAUGUUGAAAAAGAAGUCCAGUGAUAUGAGUUUCAGUUGACUUCAUCCUUUCUUCCUAAUAAAUUACCUAGCACACUUCAAUGUCCGAUCAUGUAGAAGGAGUCUUGAGUUUAGCAGAGACUAUUCGGUUACACAGCAGUAAGGAAAAUGGACAAAUCUUCCCAUUCCUUUAAACACGUAUGUAUUAGCUACAGACAUUGAUAUUAAAUCAAGUGUGCAGCAAAUAGUUUUAGCCAGUGGGCUUUACCCAUGGACAGUGUUUGGUUGGUGCUGUAAUAGGUUUGGGGUUGGUCGCCGAUAAUAUUUUAUAGAUUAUCACUCGUUGCACUGGUUAAAACAAAAGGCAGAAUUUCAUGUAUUUGUGCACAUCGUAAGAAAUCGACUGUUUUCAUGCUUAAUGGAUUUUCAGGAAUCCUGAUUGUAUCA